AUGGAGGCUGGUGAACUUUGUGCUGCCUGCGAUACUAAAUCCUCGAUCCUGUCCCUCCCACAUCCAAGAAACACACACAGAUAGGCUCCCUGGAUGCAAUGAUGGGAAGUAUGUUGUUGUAACGAAGGCAUACGUGAUGAGCAUUGAAAGUCACAUAUCUGGCGAUUACGAAAUUGCACGCAUUAUCUCGCAUACUGAUCGUCUAAUGGUCACAAUUAGUGAGGAUACAAAGUCUGCAAAGGUAACACAAGAUGGAGACAUCAUAUGUGAUCAUGAUUGGAGUCUGGUAAUCUACUACAGUAAUCCUUACAAGACUCAUGUACUGCAAGAGGUUGGUGACCACACUUCCAGUGGGUUUAUGAAUGACAACUUGAUCAUGAUUAACAUCUUCCCAGAAAUCCCAGCCAAUAGCUACUCCAACAAGAAUGAAAUAAUUUUUUUCAUCGAUUGCUCAGAAAGCAUGGUAGGCAAGAACAUCAAAUGUACAAGAGUAGCUCUUCUGUUGUUCCUCAAGAGUUUACCCAUGGACUGCUUGUUUAACAUCGUCACAUUUGGCACUGAUUUCUCAUUCCUUUUCCCAGAGGGGAGCCGUAAAUAUAAUGAAGAAACAUUGGCAGAAGCUUGUGUACACCUGGAGUCCCUUGAAGCUAACAUGGGAGGCACUGAGAUGUUUCUUCCCUUACAGGAGAUAUAUUCACAACCUCCCAAGGCUGGAUACUUUAGACAGAUUCUCUUGAUCUCUGAUGGAGAUAUAUAUAAUGUGGAUGAGGUGAUUCAACUGGUGGGACGUAAUGCCCACGAAACUCGAGUUUUUGCAGUGGGUGUUGGUGAAGGAGCAUCCACCAUCCUAAUAAGCGGAGUAGCCAGGGCCGGUCGUGGCCGCUCAGAAAUUGUGCUGCAACCGGAGCAAAUUCAAGACAAGGUUAUAGGGUUUAUUUUCUCAAUGGUGCAGGAGACUGUUCAGAAUGUACAACUUGUCUUCGAAGUGGAGCCAAACACCACCAUCACACUCGUUCCUCAAGUUCCUCCUAUUAUCUUCGGUGGUCAGCAUCUCGUUGUGUAUGCAAAGGUGCCUUCUACAAGCACUGUAAAGGCAGUAAGUGUCAUGGGCAGUAUUAGAGACACUGAGAUAAAUACUAGUAUCAAGGGUAGCGACAUCAUUACUGUUGAUGAUGCGGAGAAAAGCCUUCAUCUCUUGGCAGCACAAGCCCAAAUCAAUCAAUGGCAGUUGUGUGAGGAAGAUGUUGCUAAUGAUAUAAUUGAAUUGAGUGUGGCUACUGGUGUCUUGUCCAAGCUGACGGCAUUAGUUGGAGUAAACCAACGUGGAAAAUUAGUGAAGCAAAGUUUAUACAAUGAACAAGAUGUCAAUUUUAUGGCUAUGGUUUUAUGUCGUGCUCCAAGUCAUUUGCUCACUCAGGACUUGAUUGCGUUUGGAGCUGAUACUUGCUGCGGCUCACACAUAUGUUAUGAUUACGGAAUUUUAGACUGGGAAGAUGGAGCUCUAGGAAGCAGUUAUGGAGCUUUUGGCUGUGGAAAUGGCUGUGGAGGCAGCGGAACUUCUAACUGGAUCUGUGUCAUUGAUGCGAGUGCCACUCAACUAGAUCUGCAUUUUAAGCACAGCUCCUGCAGUGUAUGCUGUGAGCAGUAAAUUUUAGCCUAGACAUGAGAGAAUGUGUCUG